UACAAUUUGUUAGCUAAGUCGGAUCGAGUUCUAAAGCGUUCUUUUUGUUGCGGUUUAAUUUCUUGGUUAAAAGAGUAAAUCAAAAUCAGAGCCGCAUUGAACGUUGUAUCAGAAUUGAAACGCUCCCAAAAUUCCCAGUGUUGUAUUAACUUAAAAUUGCACAAUGCCGAUGAGGGACAGGAUACGUAGCUUGUUCAGGAGAAACAAACGGAAACGUUUGCAAUCGGAUUCCGAUGCUGACCCUGUUGAUGAAGGUGGUGGUGGCACCCAGGAAAAGGAAGCAGCAGCUAAGGAGGAGAACAGAGUGGAGAUCCUUCCGCCUCCGCUGAUGGAGGGCGAAAUGCCCUCCUACUUCCAUGUCGGUCUCCUGGCGAAAAUGUGCCUCGUCCACGGCUACUCCAUUGGCGCGUGGAAGCUGCAGUCCAAUUCGAAGACCGACAGUGACUUCUACCUGAGCAGCUUCGGCGAGGGCUAUCCCACUUGGAACUCUGUCUACGGCGGAUUGGAGGCCUACAAAGAGGAGGGCAACUUCCACGCAUCCCUCGCCUGGUUGUCCGACGGAGACAUGCUGUCCGACCUUGGAGCACGUGGCGAAGGUCUGGGCGGGAUAUGGUCUUCCGUCCUGAAGUCUGUGGUCAGCACGGAUGAAGGAGUUGCCUAUCAAUGCAAAGUGAAGUGCGGCUUCGAACGUAAGCCCGGGAGGGUGGAGCUGUAUGUUCCUAUUUACAAGGAACCACUCUUCAUGGGCUACAUCCUGGUUCAGCCUGCCAACAACUUUUUGUUAGGCUACCGCACAGCAUUCAAUGUGCAGGAUAGGAAUUUUAUUAUGAACGCCAUCUGUGCCGGCUAUAAUAAUAGUUCAACGGAAGUGGGACUAAAGCUUGAGAAUUUCCAAACCCUUCGAGGAUCGAUAUUUCAGCGCAUUGGAGAAAAGUGGGCCGUGGCUUUAAAAGCGAACCUCUAUGGAAAUGUGAAUGCCAAAAGAUUCGCCAUCGGUGGUCAGUACGAGUGGGAGCCUGGCACGUUGUUAAAGGCCAAAGUUCGAGGAGAUACUCGCCUUGGGUUUAUAUUUCAAAGAAAAAUUCGUGAAGAUAUUGAAGUUCUACUUCACGUUGGCUUCGAUGGAAAAGAUCCCAUUAAUGGUGUGCAUAAAUGCGGUGCUUCCUGGUAUUUUAAUGUGUAGACUAUUGUUUCUGGUCGUUUAAAUAUGGAAUACAAUUUUUAAAUUUUUAACUUUAAA